AUGAGAAAAGUAAUAACAGCACUUACAAAUGAAAUUGACGAGAGCACCAGUGAGGGACUGACAGUGAUGGUAAUAGGAGAUUGUAACGCUAGGGUAGGGGAAAGCAGGGGCUACGUAUACUGUGAUUGGGAAAAAGACUUUCAAAGCAUCAGAAGCUCCCAGGACAAGAUUAUCAAUGUGGAAGGCCGUUUAUUAAUCAAGUUAUGCGAAGAAAUGGGCAUAAGCAUCGCCAAUGGCAGUGUCAAAGGGGAUGAAGAAGGAAGGGUCACGUUCGUCGGUGGAAGUAGUGAAGUAUGUGCAUCAGUCCUGGAUCUCGUGAUAUGUGUAGGAAUACAAUGCUUACAGACAAUUAAGAAACUCACGAUUGGAACAAGACCUGAAUCUGACCAUUUGCCGGUCAAGGUGAUAAUCGAAAGAGAUUAUAAACAGCCCGUAGAAGAGACAAGUGCAGCGCCGAAUGAAACAACUGGCUAUACGAAAAGGAAAGAAACUCUCAGGUGGGCAGCAGAGAAAGCCGAAGCAUAUGCUGAGUUACUGAUGGAGAGAUGGGAGGAGUUUGACCUAGACGCAGACCCUGUUUCAUGGCAGAGGCUAAAAACAGCAAUAGCAGACACAGCAAAGAACUGCGGCAUGAUAAAAAAGAAAAAGGCCAAGAGAAGCAGCUAUAUGGAACCCUGGUACAAUCCUGAAUGCAGACAGGCAAAGAAAAAGGUAUGGAAAAUGCUGAAACAGUAUCUACAGGAUGAAAAUAAAGAAAACAAAGCAUUACUAGUCCAAAGCAGAAAAAUCUUCCGCACUACAAAAGACAUGGCAGAGAAAGAGUGGAAAAACGAAAAGUGGACUCAACUCAAUAAAUGUCGAGACAUGUCGGCCUGGUGGAGAACUAUUAACGCCUACAGAGGAAAAUACAUCAACAUGCCAAGUGAGGAAAUCAGCGGGCAGCAAUGGAUUGAGCAUUUCUCCUCCCUGCUGAACUGUAACCCCAUCAGUUCACCCAAAACCUUAAGCACAGAGAGCGCAGACAGCAAUAUUAAUGUAGUAAGAGACAACACCCUGGAUGAGAAUUUUACAAUGCUGGAAUUACAAAGAACUUUGAAGACACUGAAGAACGGAAAAGCCGCUGGAGAAGAUGGAAUAACGGCGGAGUUCAUCAAGAACAUCCCCGGAGAGAGACAACCUGAACUCCUGAACGCAAUCAACAAAAUCUGGACAUCAGGAAAGCUACCAGAGGGAUGGAAUACGGCUAUAAUAGUCCCCAUUUUCAAAACAGGGGAAGCAAAUAAUCCAGCCAACUACAGAGGAAUCUCCUUACUGGACACUGGAUACAAGAUUCUGACCAACCUGAUGGCGAAAAGGAUCAACCUCUGGCUAGAAGAAAAAGGUUGUAUAAGAGAAAGUCAGGCUGGAUACAGACAAAAUAGAGGAACCAGGGAUCAUGUCUUUGUCCUCAAUACGCUCAUCAACAAUAGACUCAAACAACCAGGGGGCAAACUGUAUAUAUGCUUCGUGGAUUAUAAAAAUGCGUUUGAUAGAACAAACAGGGAAAAGCUACUCGAAAAACUUCAUAGGCUGGGGAUAAAUGGAAGAAUGCAUAAUAUGAUCAAAAAUAUAUACAACAGCACCUGGAACCAGAUACAAGUUGGCGAUAAAGUAACUGGUAAAUUUGAGUCAACAAGCGGGGUACGUCAAGGAUGUGCCUUGAGUGCGGCCUUAUAUAAUAUCUACACCGAUGACAUCGACGAUAUAUGGAGCGAGAAGAAUAUUGGUGGUACAACGAUGGGCACCAAAAGAUUCCAUGUUAUUAAAUAUGCAGAUGAUAUAGCAAUGGUCUCGGACACAGCAACAGGGCUCCAGAACAUGCUGCAGUCUCUGGAAAAGUACGCACCAAAGAAUGACCUGCUCGUAAACAAAAAGAAGACUGUAAUUAUGAUAGUAAAAAGAGGACGACGUGACAAUGAGAAAACAAAAUGGACAUAUGAGGGAGCGGAACUAGAUAUUGUGCAGGAAUUCAAGUAUCUCGGAUAUUGGUUCACAUGCGGAGGAAGUUUUAAAAAGCACACCAGGUGGCUAGCAGGAAAAACAAGACAGGCGAUAAACUCAACGUGGGGAUUGAUCAAAAGAGCAGGACGUUCAAGACUAAGAGAUCGUUUAUAUCUUUACAGUACAUUGGCUAACUCUGGUGCAAUGUAUGGAGUGGAAAUCUGGGGAUGGGCGCCCAAUAGCAUCUUCGAGAAAUUAUAUGCCAAAGCCAAUAAAAUGGCAUUGGGAGUCGCCAAAAACACGCCCGAGUACUUGUGGAGAGCGGAAGCGGAUGUACCGAGUUACUUAUAUGUAACAAGAAAGAGAGCAAGCGACUACCUGGUGGACAUUAUGAAAAUGGAAGAGCACAGAUGGCCAAGGAAGUGCCUCAGAGAAGAAUGUAGAAACAUUCUUAAUGGAAACCCGUCAAGAUGGAGUAAGGACCUGAUGAAAGCUCUGAAGGAAAUAAAUGCCGAGGACAUACCAGAAUUAAUCUGGAAUAAAGCUGAACCAGAACAAAUAGCGGAGCGACUGGAAGCAGGACUACAACACUAUUAUGAUGCGCAGAACAGCAGCAACAAUAAAAAGAUUCAGGAGUCAUCUUUUAGUCAAUUAUAUAAGUUUGUAAAAACAUGCACAUCAGCUGAACCAUUUUGGAGCGAUCCAUCUAUUGAUAGUUGGAUGAAGGAGAUUUGGGCUAGACUCAGGUGUGGAAAUUAUGGAAAGGCACAUAAGAAAGGUUUUCGUAACACCGAAUGUGAUAUAUGCUCGGGUGAACCAGAGACAGUCAAUCAUCUUUUUGUCUGCGCAGAGGCCAGAAAGUUGUGCUCAGACAAAGUAAGAGUCAAACUACAGAAACUUACAGAUGGUAAAUAUGAUGCAGACCUGGACACAUGUGUUAGACACGUGCUACGAGGUCCACCAAUAAAGGAGGUCUGUAUAUUAUUCAAGAAUAUCGGAAAGAAAAAGGUUGGAGAGCUAUAA